AUGAUGACCCACACCCAUUUUUUCUAUACCUUUCUCGAAAUCAUGGGGGUAAUAAAAAAUAAAAAUGGCUAUAUAUACCGAUCAAAACUAUGGCAAAAAUAUAAUUUAGAAAUGAGAGAAAUAAUAUCUAUUCACGUCGGCCAAGCUGGCGUUCAACUUGGAAAUGCUUGUUGGGAACUAUUUUGCCUAGAACAUGGGAUACAGCCAGAUGGGCAAAUGCCAAGCGAUAAAACAAUUGGAGCUUAUGAUGAUUCUUUUAACACAUUUUUCACAGAAACAGGAGCAGGAAAACAUGUUCCAAGAGCUUUAUUUUUAGAUUUAGAGCCUACAGUUAUAGAUGAAAUAAGAACAGGAACGUAUAGACAGCUAUUUCACCCUGAACAAUUAAUAACUGGAAAAGAAGAUGCUGCUAAUAAUUUUGCUAGAGGCCAUUAUACAGUUGGGAAAGAAAUUAUUGAUUUAGGUCUGGAUAGAAUACGAAAAUUGGCUGAUAAUUGUACAGGAUUGCAAGGAUUUUUAGUAUUUAAUGCUGUUGGUGGUGGAACUGGUUCUGGGCUUGGAUCAUUAUUGUUAGAAAGACUUUCGGUUGAUUAUGGUAAAAAGUCAAAAAUUAGCUUUACUGUUUAUCCUUCACCUCAAAUUUCGACCGGAGUAGUUGAGCCUUACAAUUCAGUCCUUUCUACACAUUCUUUACUCGAGCACACUGAUGUAGCUGUUAUGCUAGAUAAUGAAGCUAUUUAUGAUAUAUGCAGAAGACAAUUAGAUAUAGACAGACCAACAUACACAAACCUAAAUAGACUAAUUGCACAAGUUAUUUCUUCAAUGACAGCUUCUCUUAGAUUUGAUGGAGCUUUAAAUGUAGAUCUCUGCGAAUUUCAAACCAAUCUUGUCCCAUAUCCCAGAAUUCACUUUAUGCUUUCUUCUUAUGCACCUAUAAUAUCAGCUGAAAAAGCUUUCCACGAAAAUCUUUCAGUCGCUGAAAUUACAAAUUCUGCUUUUGAGCCUGCAAGUAUGAUGGCUAAGUGUGACCCAAGACAUGGCAAAUAUAUGGCAGUUAGUUUAAUGUAUCGUGGGGAUAUUGUUCCUAAAGAUAUAUGCUGCUCUAUCGCAUCUAUAAAGACAAAGAGGACUAUACAAUUUGUGGAUUGGUGCCCAACCGGCUUUAAAUGUGGAAUUAAUUAUCAGCCACCAACAGUUGUCCCUGGAGGCGAUCUUGCAAAAGUAGUGAGAGCUGCGUGCAUGAUCAGCAACUCUACAGCAAUAGCUGAAGUUUUUUCGAGGAUUGACCAUAAGUUUGACUUAAUGUACGCAAAGCGUGCAUUUGUCCAUUGGUUUGUUGGGGAGGGAAUGGAAGAAGGAGAGUUUUCAGAGGCAAGGGAAGAUUUAGCGGCACUUGAAAAAGAUUAUGAAGAAGUAGGGAUUGAGACUGCAGAUGCUGAAGGUGAAGAAGAGGAUAAUGAAAUAUAA